AUGGAUUUCCCUAUUCGCAUAUUGCAAAGACCCAGCAAUCUGCAGGGUGACAAGCCGACAGAGAAACCGACUCCUACCGCCCCUAUUAGGAGCCGUGAACAGCGGGAAGCCGAUUAUGCGGCUGCCCGCCUUCGAAUAUUGGGCUCCGAAAAACCAGAGGAUGAUAAAGCUGAACCAGCCCCGGGAGGCGCCCUGGCUAAAUCAGCCACGGCGCGGACUUCUGCAGUCCAAGAAACAGCCAAGGUAAAUUUGACUGUUGAUCUCCCGACGGACGAUUGCUCUGGCCAAACUCUCUCAGGUGCUCCUCUACAUUCUUCGCCUGGCUCUGUAUCUAAAGUUCCUCAGGCCACCCAUAUUGAUGGCCUGGAUGAUGUUUCCAGUCUGCAUUGCUGCCAAAGCACUUACUUGAUUGACACUGAUGAUCAGUCGAAUGCAAACUUUGAUGUUGCAAAUUCUCCCCAUUCGGCCCAACCUAUAAAACAGCAGCCUACUCCACCACCCCUUAUGUCUAUCAAGACUUCACCCGUUGGGUUAGAUCAUCUUUCUUCGUUCACUCCUAGAGGAACACCUCUCCUCGGCACCCCGUCUCUUUCAGUCCUAUCACUUCCAAAGUCCACCACUCGUGCUGCCGGGCUAGCUCGUCCAACCCAUGCAGUAGUAAGCGUAGCUCAGACACUACAACAACAGCAGCAGCAACAACAGAUCGUUUACCUUUCACAGCACACGACGAAGCCGAGCCCACCCCAAUCGGGCCGGCACAGUGAUUCUAAUCUUUUUACUAAGCAGUUCACUCAACGAAGUCCUACAUCUAUGCGCCAACUCAAUCUUUCCAUGCAGCAGCAGUAUGCUCUAUUACACCGAUAUGGUCCUCUUCUCUCCUCAACUACAGUCGUAAGUCGAUUCCUUUUUAUUAGCGUAUUUUGCCUCUGUUCUAAUUAA